AUGUUUCUGCCUCAUGGCAACGUUGCUCUUGCUGUUAUGAUAAAACAACUUGCGCACCAACAUCCGCGAACACUGAUCGCCGGGGCGGCAGCUGGUUCUGGCGGCAAUACAGGUGCAGUCCUAGAGGCGCUUGGGAACCGAUACGCGUCCUACACAUAUACGGACAUAUCUACCAGCUUCUUCGAAAACGCCCGCACCGUGUUCAGUCAGCACGGCAGCAAACUCGCCUCCGAGAUGCUCAAUGUCGAAGACAUCCAACUAUGCAAAGGAGCAACUGUGCUCUGCCUUGGGGAUCUGGAUAACCCCGUGUUCCGCGACAUGCACCCGGGGAGAUUCAAGGGAUUGCAGAACGUCAUGGAGACAGCAGAAGUGGUUGUAUGGGUGACCUCGGGGGCCAAGGAAGGCUUGGAUCCCGAUGUCAACAUCAUUUUUGGACUAUCAAGCACGUUGCGGGCUGAGCGUUUGGGUCGCAGGCUUCAAUUCCUCGACACCGACAACCCUUCGUCUAUUGACCCGUCCAUGCUGGCCAAGAUGCUUCUCCGAGCCCGACUUGGGCCCAAAUCCACGGCCGUGGUGCUCGACGAGCGCCAGGGGGCAUUCGGGCUGCAUGCAGUUUCCGUUAACAGCGGCGCGGGAGACAACGCCCUCGCUCUUUCGGACGAAAACAAAUCUUUGGUCAAGGUUGCCGGGGACGACGUUUUGCAUCGUUGGCACCACAACAAAACUGCCGCCGAAGACACGGCAGAGCUACACUUUUUCCUAGCAAAGGCACUUGCUGGACAUUUGCUCGGCGGAUUUAUAAAAGGGCUCGCGUGGAUUCACAGUGCACCGCACGACCUCAGCGAGGCCAUUGACGCUGUGGCCCGCGAGCAGGGCGUCGCCGUGUUCCAGAAUCCAGACCACGUCCAAUAUGGCGAGAAUUUCGGACGUCAUUUUCAUCCAUCCCCACGCGUGUCAAGGAGUCUUGCAGGAUAUACGUCCCCAAAUCCCGCAACUGGUGCUCCGGGACUGCCUUUUCCAUCAUAUGCCCUGGGAAGACUUUGCCGCCGUGUUGGCCCCUAG